GAGCCCGCCUCCUGCACUGGGUUGUGUGGGGGAAGGGCCGCGGGCCGCAGGGGCGGGUGCGCUCCGGGGAACAUGGCGGCGGCGGACCUCGUCCACAUUCCCGAUGUGGAUAUCGACUCCGAUGGCGUCUUCAAAUACGUGCUGAUUCGAGUCCAUGCCACGGCUCCCUCCGGGGCCCCUGCAGGGGAGAGUAAGGAGAUCGUGCGCGGCUACAAGUGGGCCGAGUACCACGCCGACAUCUACGACCGGGUAUCUGGCGAGAUGCAGAAGAAGGGGUAUGGCUGCGAGUGCAUGGGAGGCGGGCGCAUUUCCCACCAGAGCCAGGACAAGAAGAUCCACGUGUACGGUUACUCCAUGGGAUACGGUCGAGCCCAGCACUCUGUCUCCACUGAGAAGAUCAAAGCUAGGUACCCCGACUAUGAGGUCACCUGGGCUGAUGACGGCUACUGACGCCCAUCUGAGGCCCCCUGCCUCGAGCCGUCCAUUGCCCUUGAACUCUGCCCUUGAAGCCCCUCCUGAGGGGCUGGGCUGCACCCCCGGCACUGGACCACCCUGGCCCAGCCUGGGAGACAGACAGCAGCCUGGCCCCAAUGCCUGGGUUUACCUCGCCCGUGGGAAUUAAAAGCAUUGUCACCCCUUCUGGUCCCUGGAUGCUA